GCCAGCGAACGUGAUUUGCCUGAAGCACGUAGAAUAUAUCACUUCGAGCAUUAUAACAAGGAGCUCAUUACAAGUAGGCGGCCUUUCACGGAUCGAUCAUGGCAGAGGAGUCGGACGACUCCACUCGUGAAGAGGUCUUCAUGGAAUCUACAAAUGCUCUCUGGACUCUGGAGAGGAAAGUGCAAUGGAAUGCGCUGGCACCGAUAUCAAAGCUGCCGCAGGAAGUCCUUUUACAGAUAUUUUCCUACCAUCGUUAUGGAAUACCAAGGCAUUCCUUUUUUCCCACCUGGAUCUCAAUCACACAUGUAUGUCGACUCUUCCGAAGCAUCUCGUUGAAUUGCCCGUCGCUUUGGAACAACAUCGUGCUGUCUUCCUCGGAAUGGACACAAGUAAUGCUCGCCCGGGCUGGAAUGGUUCCCCUAGAAAUCGACACCCGUUCUCUCAACUUCCAAGAACAUACGCAGCGUCAGAAUCUGUGCAUAGUGCUCAGCCAUCUGCUUCGCAUCCGCAUCCUCUCUUUGAUAGGAGUGCCUGCAAUUUCACGGGAUGUCUUGGCUGCUCUGAUCGCACACCCUGCUCCGCUUCUUGAAUCCUUCACUCAUAGCACCGAAAAAGAAGAGUUCACUAUGAUUCUUCCUGAUGAUAUAUUCCAAGGAGGACAAGUCCCGCGACUGAAGGAGCUAUCGCUCAUUGGAUGCAAUUUCAGCUGGACAUCUCCGCUUUUCCGGGACAGCCUUACCUCUCUGUCUCUCCGAUGCGGAAAUGAAAUGGCCUUGCCAUCCAUGUUUAACC